AUGAAAUCGUUCGACGUUUACUUUCAGCGGGUACAAAUCUCCACUUGGAAGGAGCAUUACAUCAACUACGCGUCCAUGAAGGAAAGCUUGAAGAACAUCCGAAAACGGCGAAGAGGACUUCUCAGUGGAGAAUUGCAAUGGGCAUCUGUGCUCUCAACCAUGGAACCCUCCACCAAGAGCGCAAACAGUACGGGUAAGGAAGCCAAUCCCGUUGUCGAAGGAGGCUUUGGAUACGCGCUACAAGACAGUGAUGAAAUGGGCUUUGGUGGCUGCGAUGCUGGUUUUGGCAGCGGUGUUCUUGAAGCGCUGGAAAGUCGUCUUUCGACAUUGGAACACCACGAAUUCGAGCAACUACUCCAGACGGAACUUAAAAAAUGCAGCGCUUGGUUUGGAUCAUCCUUUGCCGACCUUCAGUCAGCCUCUUUCGAACACCAAGAGGAAGAAGAAAUUGAUAUUCUGGAACUGUAUGGAUUCGCUGUUGUUAACAUCUGUGCAUUUCGGCAGCUCAUUCGCAAAUACAACGCCCAAAGUCGGAUGUUUGAAGGAUCGCGGUUCAUUUCUAAGGAUUACUUUGAUGACAAUCUCAUUGGCUCGCUAGAACCUCUGCAAGAUCGUUUGAUGUCCAUCCCUUCCUACUGGAAAGAAUCAAACAAGAAUUCAAACUAUAAGGCUUGUGCCGAUGAGCUGGAAAGUAUACUGGACCAGACCUCCUGGAAGCAACAGACAAGAAAAUCACCCAACAGGAGAGAACGCGUCCUGCAAACUGUACGCUAUUGUUUCACAAUGGGAAGGACACACAUGGGUGUUACGAUGGAACCUAGAUUUCUGUAUUCACAGGUCCGUGGGCUAAAGAAAGAGAUGAAAUCCUUGGUCGUUUGGAGGGAAAAGAUGCUGAAUACUUCCACCGAGGACAAUGAUGAUAGUAUCACAGGGGGUAUGGACCCCGAAAAUGUGUGGCCUUUGAUAUUGAACCUGGUUUCUUGUUUCUUGUUUAUGAUGAACAACUACAUAAUCGAGCCAUCCUCAGCUUACUACGCCAACGCCCUGGGAAGCUCUGAUGCUCUCAGUGGUAUCAUGAUGGGAAUGGCACCGUGGUUUGCGCUAAUGAGCGCAGUUGGCUAUAGUGUUUGGACAAACAAAUCAUACUAUCAUCCCAUCGUGUUCUCCGGAAUUCUGCAGGUUAUCGGUAACACCUUGUAUGGGGCUGCCUUGGGGUAUCGCAGCAUGACUAUGUGUCUUAUUGGAAGAGGGAUAGCAGGUCUAGGCGCCCCGCGGAUUAUCAACCGCCGAUACAUAGCAGAUUCCACACCAUUUGCGUACAGAACAUUGAUCAACACCGCUUUUGCAAUGACAACAGCGAUUGGUGCCGCCAGUGGACCAGGGGCUGCAAUCUUGCUAGACAUGGUGCCAGAGUUCCAGUUUACUCUUCCGAUUUUGGGUGUCCAAAGCUUCAAUGGAAUGACGGGGCCGGGCUUUGUAAUGGCCCUCUUGUGGUCCCUCUAUUUGAUUGUCAUAGUAGUAUCAUUCAAGGAACCGAACCGAUCUGGUCUUGCCGAGUUGAAACAGCGGGAAGCCAAAGCCGCCGGAGCCGACCACGACGAACCUCUUACACCCAAAGGCUUUACUACUGUCCCUAGUGCCGACGAUUUCGACGAUGAUAUAUCAAUUGGGUCCCUUUCUGUGGCAUCUCACGUGGAGGAAAGCAAAGUGUCCAAACACACACCCCUCUACUGUAUCAAGAAUAUGAACUGUGCCACGAUUUUGUGCAUGUCACUUAUUUUUAUGAAACGAAUCGCACUGGAGAGCAUCGUUGGAUCAACGUCUGUCAUUACAAAGAAUAGAUAUGCGUGGUCGAUCCGAAAUGUUGGAGCCCUUCAUCUGGCGAAUGGUAUUAUUGUGAUUCCUGUUUCGGUCUUUGCAGGCUGGCUGUCGCAAUUCUACGAAGACCGAUACCUCGCCCUGUGGUUCAUGGGGAUCACUGCACUGGGUCUUCUGAUCACGACCGAUCUUUCGGACUUUGUCGACACCGAGACGUACGAGACGUACAAUUAUGAUUCCAACUUUUCGGUCGGUCCAGUUCAGUACGUGGGGGGGUCACUGAUUGCCUUUUCUGGGGUCGAGGCCUGCGAGUCGUUUAUUGCAUCACUGAUGAGCAAAUGCGUCCCAAGCGCAUUGGCAGUGGGAACUUUUAACAGUGGGGUUCUAGCGACGCUUGUAGGUACUGGAGGCAGAGCUGUGGGAGACCUCUUCAUUACCUUCAUGGGAAUCAUCAGCAUCCGAAACUUGCUGAAUCUUCUCAUUGUUCCGGGGCUCGGCUUGGUGCUGCUCAGUAUGUUCCUACUCUGGAGGAACUACUCAAUUGUUGCCGUAUAG